GCGUUUGGAUUUGUUUGUAUACGGGAGUUGGCGGCUGAGAGUCGAGUCGCGGCUGCGCUCCCCACCUACGAGGCUGGCUACGAUCGGCCACCUUCGAAAUCCCAGCCUCCGUUGUAACGCUGCGCACUGUUUGCACAGUUUACUGUCAAACAUUGGCCGCAAAGCGGCAUAGUGGGGAGAAAGGACGUCGCCGGUUGUAAACGCCAACCUUAGCGAUCAUUGGUGGGAACUGUCUGUACAUAGGAGUUAAGGCACUAAGGAGGUGUGGCUAUCCCAGGCAUAUAUAUAGGGCGAGUGGCGGGGAUGACAGCAAAUACGCGGCAUAUCUCCAACAGGCAACAUCGGUUCUCGGUUAUCGGUCGCGUGGAGGACUAAACGGACAGAUAAAAAAAUACAGGACGAAGAGUGAAAAAUACAGCGCGAACAGUGUUUUUUGUGCGUUCAAAUGCUUUUGAAAAGGGAAUUUUCUGUGUGAGCAUUGUGACAGCGCCGGUCGCUCUCGUUCUUCGCGAUUGGAAAAGUGCGAAUUCUCCUGGCGAUACGUGUGAAAAGUAUGGUGAAUAUGGAAGGAUCGGGCGAGCAGCAAACGGUGACAGCGUCGCCGUCGCCGCGCGUUGUUCUCAAAAGCAGUUUCAGUAUUCGCAGCAUCCUGCCGGAGGCGUGCGCGGGAACGCCGGCACCGACCGUCAGGCGAUCCGCGUCUCCGGAGAUCAGCCGCGUCGACGAUAGCGAAGAUUCGAGCGACCUCGACGUGACCGGGGACGGCGGCGCCGAGACGCCGCCCUUGGACUGCUCCAGAAACUCCGUCAACUCUGCCAACUCGCCCGAACAGAAGGACUCGAAGGAUCGACAGGCGGACGAUAAGAAAAAGUGCGAGAAGCCGCCUUACAGUUACAACGCUCUCAUUAUGAUGGCGAUCCGUCAAAGUCCGGAGAAAAGGCUCACUCUGAACGGAAUCUACGAGUACAUAAUGCGCCAUUUUCCGUACUACGAGAACAACAAACAGGGUUGGCAAAAUUCCAUCAGACACAACCUCUCGUUGAACAAGUGUUUCGUUAAAGUUCCCCGACAUUACGACGACCCGGGAAAAGGAAAUUAUUGGAUGCUGGACCCGAGCUCCGAGGACGUGUUCAUCGGCGGCACGACCGGCAAGCUUCGUCGAAGAACCACGGCGGCUUCCAGAUCGAGAUUGGCCGCGUUCAAGAGAAGCGUGGUUCUCGGCGGACUGUAUCCAUCGGCGUACGCUCCUCCAGGAUGGCCAGCGUCUCUCUACACGCUGCCUUAUCUUCAUCGGGCCGCCGGUUAUCCGCCAGCGACCGGAGCCUACUCCACUCCCGCUGGAUAUCCAGCGAGUUUAUUGCCCGGCGCGGCAACCAGUUCGACCGCCAAUUUACCUUGCAAGCCGCAACCAUUGCCAGCCACAGCCGCGUCCCCGCAACACGGUCCGUUCUCCAUGGAGAGGUUGCUGCAGCCUCCGACCGCCGCUGGAUAUCCGACCGGCAUCGCUACAUCCGCCAUUCCCGUCUCCGGCAGCCCCUACGACUUCUACUCCACCCUCAGAUCGUUGGCGGCCCAUCAACAGCAUCAGAGUACCGCAGCGGUUUUCGCUCACAAUCAGCAGCCGGCGAGAUAUCACGUGAAUCAACCUCCGCUUUUAGGGCAAUCGACAUCGGCUACGGCGUCGCCAGGAAGCAGUCCGGAGCCGAUGUCGCCGAACUCGCCCCCGAUAACCGUCUGUAAUACCGCUGUUGUGCAACAACCGAGAUCUCUUCCGCACAGUCCGCCUCAACUGCUGCUGAAACCGAUCACAGUUCUUACCGGACGACAAAGCUGAACGAUCUCGCUGAUAUAGCUUCGAUCAUUUUUCGAGUAACGUAGGUGACUACGACGAGUCGAAGAUCGAUCGACUCGCAACUUGCGAAUCGUUCGCUGCUGAUCAGAGUGCGUCCACACGCGUGUUUCGACGUUAUUGCCAGUUUCUCUCUUCUCGACUCAGUUAGUACGUACACGGUGAUAUUGUAUGUACAUUUACUUUCUUUACUUCUUCGCUUGAUUUCUGUAAAUACUAGCUUUUUAAGAUAUAUCGAAUUAUCACAUCGACGGAGCGCAAAUUCCGUGGGAUUCGCGAUUCCAUCGAACGUCGAUAUCCUGGCACGAUAUCCGAACGUUAACCUACGACUUACGUUCGAGAAUUUUGGCCCGAAAACGUAAACAAGCUCGCGCAGCCUCCGAGCCAUUCGUACGACUCGCGUAGUACGAUGACCCCAGCUAUGCAUGUAAUAUUUAAGUUUGGUUCGAUCAUUUAUUACGAGCUAUGCCCGUAAUAUUUACACGUUUGGUUCGAUCAUUUGUUGCGAGCUAUGUACAUAAUAUUUACAUUUGGUUCGAUCAUUUAUUACGAGCUAUGCCCGUAAUAUUUACAUUUUUCCCGAUCAUCGUACUACGAACUACGCCCGUAAUAUUUACGUCUGGCCCGAUCAUCGUACUACGGGCCGAGCCCGUAGUUGUAGGUUAAGGAGUUAAAUCGUAGAAGAGUAAUAUAAUGACGAUUGUAAAUAUAAAGCAAGAUUCAUUUAGAUGAUCUCUGGUCGCCGAUCGUAGAACGGGAUAUUUCCCGUUUGGACGCGAAUCCCAACAUAUUACGUAGCGAGUUGUAACUCGGUAAUGUCCGUGAUUCGUUUGUUAAACUAUGUACAUAGUCGAUCAUUGUUAUUCGUAUAAGGUAUACACACGAUAUGUGUAUAUAUGUAUACAACCCGACAAAUCGCGAAUAUGUUGCUCUAGCAGCGUGUAUAUAAUCGUUAAAAUAAAUGUUUAAAACUUUUUUUAGAAA